AUGUUCUCGAUACAGUUUGUCUUCGCCCUCUCUUCUUUCGCCCUCAACGUCGCUGCUCAAUAUAGCGCCACAUUCACACCUGGAAACCUACCGGACAAGACUCAAGAGGGUCAGACUGGCACGAACAAAUGUAGCACCCAAGCUGACCAAAAGAGCACCUGUCAGAACGCCUACAUCAACUCUGUUGAGGAUUUCUGUCUUUUUGCUCCCCCAGAUCCUGGUCCUGAUUCGGUCAUCGGCAACACAGAGCGUUUAGAAGUCGCGUGGUGCAUGAAAAACGGCUAUGGAACCCGUCUAAUCCCAGACGGCACAAUUAAAGGCGCCCACUUUGUCAAGACUCCCGAUUUCGUUCAGAUCACCGGCGUCGGCGACCUCACGCAGUUGAAUAUUCCGGCAGGUGACGCUGGAGGUGAACUGGACCCUCACGGUGCUGAUGGAAAUGGAAACCCUAUUGGCGGGCUUGUAUUCUCGAGCGCGUUCGGCCAGCUCCAGCAAAUUCACGAAUGGACAAAUUUCAUGUCCGUCGACCAAUUCUGUUUCAGAGCUUGCAACCCGGCAGGAAGUAACCCUGCAGGAAUGUGCCAACACAUCUACGACGUGAUGGGUUGCGAGUGGAAUAUGCCUGCGAACUACUCUCCUGGAACUUUUGAGAACUGUGAUGGAGAAAGUGGCGAGCCCAUGGGCGUCUAUGGAGGUUCCACUUUCUUCCAGGGCCAACCCAACACACCUGCUGGCCACCCAGCCCCACCAUCAUCUAACUGCAAUUUGGUAGCAACCAUUAGUAACGGCCAGGCGGCUACGGGUAUCAGCGCUAGUACCACAAGUGCCAGUGCAAAGGCUACAAGCCGGUUGAGCACCGGGUCCACUCCAUCUGGCUUUUCGAACGCCGGGUCCACUCCAUCAGGCUUUUCGAACACCCCCGCUGGGGCGAAAGCGACACAGACACAGACAAGUAAUGCUGCAUUUGCUAUUACCACCGGUGGAUGGGGACGUCUGCUGUAUACUGCGGCGAUGCUCUUCUGUUCAAUAAUUGUGGUGUUACUCUAA